GACUUUCUCAAUGCAGCUAGCUCCGUCAACAACGACGAACAUAGCCAACUAUCAGCUUCAGCUAUUACAAGAUGGGAAGCACCUCCCUUGAUUCUUCGAGUGCAUGGACAGCUGUACUUUGUCCCUGUUCCUCAAUCGGAACCACGAGAACAAAUGCCUUUUCUGACCCAACAAUCAAUCACGCAUGUGUUGCAAUAGCACCUGAAAGACCUGGAGAGCAAUCCCCGACAACCUUCUGCGCUAGGCGAGUAGCAUCUCAGUUAGUACGAGUGCAUCUCAUAAAAUGACUCACUCCAGGCAACUAAAGAAUAGAUCUACAACCGCGACAGUCGCGAAAAUCCACAUCUCCCCGAAAGCCCAGCAAGCAGCCCAAACCGGGAAAACCUACGCGCCGAAUGCGACUCGACUGAGCCCGCAGGCCAAACUGUCCAGCCAUUUGUCAACAAUUUGUUCUGCAUCUGCCCCGUGUGUCAGCAACAGCCUCGGCGAAAAUGAUCAUCCAACAGCAAAA